CGAAACGCGAAGUUGUGGAGAAAGUGGCAACAAGAGAGAAGACGACAAGAAGAAGCAAAGAAGCAAAAGGGAUCGUGCAAACACAAACACAAUUCUCACCGUGCAACCACACCAGAGCAGAGGCAACAAUGCCAUCGGGGCUGGCGAGGGCACUGCUUGACCUUGCCGUGGUUGAAGGGGUGGAGCAACCCCAGACAUGGAACGCCGAGAGUGGGGCGCCCAGGCCAGGCGCGGCCAGUGUUGGCAGUCCAUGGUUCACCCUCCUCCAACAUGCACAGAAAGGCAACAUCCUCAAGCACCUGGCAUCGCGACGAGUGGACCGGUCCGAGUUUGUCGCAGCUUUGCUGGAGAGUUUGGACGACCAGACUCGGUCUGAUAGCAUUCAUGCGCAGGUGCUGCAGUUAUUGGCAGAAUGGAGCGACGUGCUGCUUGCGCCUCCAGAGGAUCCAAGCGAGACCAUCGCCCAUCUCAUAUCAAAGUGCACGACCAUGAUGUCGGAUCGCAUGAAGUUCAAGGCCAAGCUCAUCUCCACCAUCACAACGCUCAUCCUCGUUCAUGAUUACACUGAGAAGGGCUUUCAGAGCUUCAUCAACUUCAACAUGCUGUCGGUGUUGGCUGGCGACGAUGUCGUGGAGACGGCACUGCUGCGGCGCAUCGUCUGCCACUGCCUCAUUGACCUUGAGCUUGCCAUGCCCGGCCUCCUCAGCCAUAAGCUUGGCCACAUCUACCAGUUGGCACAGACGCAAACCACCAUCACGGCGCAGGCGUACGCGCAGCUGCUUGCUGUUGUCAUGCGCAAUGCGUGUGCGGUUCUCCGCAUCCAAAGCACGCACAAGUGGCGAGCGGACAUCCUCAGCAGGGUGCCACCGGAGCUUGUGGCCUCGCACCGCCUCAACUUCCAGUCGCUCCUCUCUGUUGACGACGAAGCACUCACGCCGUUCUUCUUCCCGCCCGAAGUGCUGGAUGGGCCGCUACCACUGUCCUCCUUCCUUGCACGCCCAUCGCCACCGCCGCCAUCAUCGCGGCAUGCACACGACACCCGCCGCUCUGCUCCAAACACACCCCAGCGUCGCGGUGCAGCAAAACCGUCCACCUCUGCAGCCACCACUGUCAGUGCUGCUGCUGUAUCAUCAUCCGCUGCCUCGACUGUUGUCCCAGAGAGCGCCAUCGUCGGCCCGCCCGGGAUUCUGGCAGCCGCGCAGCCUGUUGAGUCCAAGCAAGCUGGCGAGGACGCCAUUCAGCGCUGCGUCUCGUUCCUGUCAACGGCGGCCUCAAACGCCACCGCGCCCAGCAUGGCGCACACGCUGCACGCGCUCGCAACCCUGCUGUCCCAAACGAACCUGUCCAACCAGGUGUUUCACGUGACCGCUAAACGCCUGGAGCUGAGCGUGGACCACUGUGACAUCCACGCGUUGCUGAUGCUGCUGUCCAUAUUCCAGCAACGCCGCCUGCUGCGCACAAAGGAAAUUGUGUCCGUGCGUGUGCGUCUCCUUGAUCUUAUCCUGGACCCGCAGGUCCCCAAGUGGCGACGCCAACUGCUGUUCACGCUCUGCUUCUGUAACCGCAUGCUGCUCGGGAAGCACAAGACAAUUGAAGACUUUUUCCCGCGUGAAUUUGAAUCAAUAGAGAUGUGGACGCGGCAGGUGGACAUGCUUGCGAGUGUUGUUGGCCUUCAGGCGAUGGCGCGGAUUGAUUCCGACAGGCGAUCCGAGCAUUCGGACUCGAGAAGUACAAUCACAGAUACGUCUCUUCGUUUGGAGGUGCUCCCAGACAUGGGUGCGCUAUCCACCAUGUCUCCCGAUCACUGCCUUGGCAUUCUCCGCAGUGCCCUGGACUGCUUUCAAACAUACAUGUUUGCAGACAGCUUGGGCAUAUCUGCGGGCGCACGCGCGUUCUUUGCCACCGUGUACCGCAUCCUCGUCCACGCACCGCCACCGGUCACCCAGGAUGUGUCGGACUAUUUGCUUCGCCUCGUUGCAUCGCAGCCUGCGUUCCUCCCGCUGCUUGUCAACACUGUGACCGCUGUGAGCGAAACGCUUGGUGACACCACGCUCGCUACGGCCAUUCUCCGCAAACUUCAGGACCGAUUUGUGGCGACAGAAGCACAGACGUUGAUGCAGCACAUUGACGACUACCUCGUCCUCGUCCUCAGGUUGGCGCAGGUUGAAGGCAUUGCCCCCGCAACGUUUCUGCUGAAGCUCAAGGAGAUCCUCACAUCCACAGCAAUUUGUCGCCGCGGCGAGUGGAAUCGCGGCAAUAGACUGUUGCAAAUUUGUCGAUGCAUCAUGCAGCGCAACGUCACCGAGGCCAGCACGCUUCUGCCGCUGGGAGAUGUUCUUACCACAAUCUGGCAGUCCUACCGCAACAUCGACAUCCAGGAUCUGGCUCGCCUGCUGUACAUGCUGCUGGUGAAGGUGUCUGGCGCGCGUUUGGAGUCUGUGCUGGAGACAUCACUGGACGACCUCGAACAGGGCCGCAUUCAGGCGUUUCUUCCUGCUGACGACGUUGAUCGGACACGGCGCGAUCACGAGGGAAUCUUCAAGGCAACGCACCAGCUCCUCAUUCUCAAGAGAAUCAAGCCAAAGCAAGUCCGCAAGCGAGACACCAAGUACCGGAUGCAUGUGCGCAAGCCGAGUCUGACGAGUCUGGAGCGGGUGAUGACGGCGAGCAGCAGCAACGACCCCGUAGACGAACCGCUUGAGCUUCCGCCGGUCGAUGUCGACGUGUCGCUACGGGGCACCCUCGAUGCAGAUGGCGUCCUGAAGGCGUACGCCAAACACGUGCAGGCCAACAUGGCGCAGGCGAGCGUGCGUUUGCCGUGCCGUCUCUCUUAUGAGGUUGCGGCAGGCGUGGCCAAGAUUGUCCGGUGUCCCGAAAAAGUGUUUGCCAUCCAACUCAACCUCCACGAUGACGCUGGUCAUUUCCGGGAGACGGAGCCAGUGUACAUCCCGUGUCUGCGGCUGUUUCAGCGCUCGUCCAUGUCGACAGGAGAUGACGCGGAUGACAUGCGGGACGGCGCUGCUGUUGGAUCGGGAGUGCGCACGUUUUGGGACUUUGAGCUGCCGUGCCAUCCUGUCGAGCCGCGUCCCGCUGAUUUGCAUGCGACAGUGACGUACACGGACGACAGCGGCGCGUCGUGGCGAAGCAAGGUCGACGAUAUCCACGUGGCCUUCACUGAUUUGCUCCAGCAGCCAUCGCUGCCGUCGGGCUGGAUGUACCGCCGCGCCGGCAGCGACGAGGGGAUGACAGCGCGCCCGGAGGGCGAGGUGAACGCAUACAGGGAGGUGCUGUUUGGUGCUCUGUGGAGGCACGUUGGGGCGAACGCAGAUGCCUCUGGUGUCGUGUCGAGCAAGUCUCUCGAUAUGAGCGCGGCAGAGGCCGUGGCGUUCCUUCGCAAGCACUUUCAGCGGUUCAUGGUUGUAGCACGGAAGUCAGACAAGCAAGGCGAGCUGGCGCGACUGCAGAUCUUGAUCUUUGUUCCUCCACAAUAUCAUAUCUUGCUUGAUUGCCAAGUGCUGGCAUCGCGCACGCUCGUGCACAUUGCUUCCGACCACCUGUUGUCCGCCUCCCACCUCGAACGCCUCUUGCAUGACGAGAUGAUGCUUGCAGUUGGAGAUGCGUAGUGUGUCUACCUUCUUGUACGCGCGGUGUGUGUGUGUGUGUGUGUGUGUGUUGGACGCUGUCGUGGCAAUUCCUGGUGUAUUCCACUCGUUACUUCGUUACAAACAGGUCUUUCUCUCUGCUUCCUAGCGAGCUAGUUGCGC